UGUAGGGAGAGUGAGGCCGGAUAACACAGGAAGCUUAUCUGGGUCAGCUACGCAGCAUGGGAGGCUGGUGUGUUUAUCAUUUCUGUACACUACUGUGUGCCACUGGACUCCUCUACAGCUACGGUCAAGUCCAAACAGAGGAAUACAAAUCUAAAUAUUUAACUUAUUUCACUACGACUGAGGACAGCAAUGAAAAGCAACUGAUCAAUGAUUUACAUGGUGUUUUGGAAAGACUUCAGAACAAUCAUAUUCCAUCUCUAAGAAAAAGGCAAGGAUAUCUGCCUGUGUGUGAUCCAGGAGACCAGUGUGCACUAAGGAAAGGCUCCAGGAUCGGGAAACUAUGUGACUGCUUUCUGCCGCGAACAUGCAACUCCUUUCUGCACCGCUGUUUGUGAUUCUCUCUGUGUUAAAAAAGACUUAUAAGCUUGUGAUCCAUUUGAUUUCCCAGUUCCCAAGUAUUCAAAUUUGUGUUUUUUCCCUGUUACUGACCAUUUGUAAUAUUUAAUAAUUCUUCAAGUCAGCAUUGAGAGCUGAUCUAUUAAAUGUGUUGUUGUGUGA